AUGGUUGGGGUUACAAGAAAAGAUUGGGCAAGGAAGUUGGAUGAUGCCCUUUGGGCAUAUAGAACUGCAUUCAAAACCCCAAUUAGGAGGUCAUCAUCUCAGCUGAUUUAUGGAAAGUCCUGCCACCUCUCUGUGGAGCUUGAACACAAGGCUUUUUGGGCUACUAAGCUUCUCAAUCUUGACUCUCAAGCAGUAGGAGAGAAAAGACUGUUGCAACUCAAUGAAUUGGAUGAGUUCAGACUGGAAGCCUAUGAGAAUGCGAAGAUAUACCAGGAGAGGGCCAAAGAUGGCAUGACAAGAAAAUCGCAAAAAGAGAUUUUGAACCAGGGCAGCAAGUGUUAUUGUAUAAUUCCAGGCUCAAGACUUUUCCUGGUAAGCUCAAGUCCAAAUCAACUUGACCUUAUCUGGUGA